GGACUCACAAUGGAGGCUCAAGGAGAGGCCAAGCCGCAGAAUGGAGCAGCUGUAGCUGGCCCGUCAAGGCAGGACAAAGCGCAUCAGGCCGAGAGGCUGGCGCAAAGACUAGCAGCUGGGGAUGGCCGCCUCGCCCUCCUCCUCACCCAAAUGGCAGAUGCUCUCGCAUCGCUUAUUGACAAAUCUCAGGAAGCAACAGCGCAGAGUGCGAAUCACGACGGGGAGGAGCAAGAGCCAAUCGCCAUGAGUGACUAUGAGGACCUGCUUCAGGAUUGGCUUGCCAGCGUUCAUGACAUUCAACUCACCCUUCGCAAAGCCAUUCGCUUCCUCGUUCUCGCCCAACAUCCUCCUGUCCUGACCGCCUCACACGCUCUCGUUGCCGGCGGAGGAUCCAACGCAGCCAGAGCUGGCCGAGCAGCCAUGCCAGCUCACCUCGCCGAUCUGCAGCAGCCUCAGCAACCCACAUCGAAGUCAGAUGGCGACAAGGCGGCAAACGGCACCGAGGGCGAGGAAAGCGAGGAUCUCUCCCUCAGUUCCAUGCGCGUGCAGCAUCGGGCGUGGAAGGACCUCCUUACCACGCUGGAAAGCCUGAAAGCCCAGCAAGACGAGCGAGAAGCUUCAGGCCAGACCAAGUGGCCCGCUUCAUUACUCGAGGAGCUGAUACCAGUACAUAGAUGAUCGUAAAGAGCGCUGAGUACAAUGACAUUCUACGCCGUGCAUAUGUUCUUGCUCAAACGCGUCCCAGCUCCUCCAAGAUCUGCUUUUGCCGCUCAUCGCUCACCUUUCUGAACCCCUCGAGGCGCAUAGUAAAGGUGCCUGUGCCCGCCGUCAAAGCUCGGAGGCGCGAUGAGUAGGAGACGAGCUUCGUCAGCGGAACGAGAGCGACAAUGGUCGUCUUCUGUCUCGCGCCAGGAAUGGCUCCCUCUGCCUCUCCACCUUCUCCUUGCGACUCCGGUGGAAGAUACACAUCCACCGGCCUCCUUUCCGUCCCCUCCUGCGCUGCCCCUUCAUGCUCCACCUCAACGAUAUCCCCGCCUUGAUCGGUCGUGACAUCGCUCACCACUCGCCCCAUAUGUCCCU